CGCUCGAGGUCUGCAGGGCGUGUAUCGUUAUGCUUCGUGAUGACCGUGUGGUGGUGUGGUCGUCGUGGCAUGAGUUCAAGGAUGUGAGAGAUCGCAUCUUCUCCGCCAACCUCCACCACAAGAAAGACGCAACCAACAGGGUGGGUAACAGAGGCGCCAGAAAUGAAUGACAGGAGGGAGGACAAGGAAGACCGAAGAUCUUCACGAAUUCGUGCUCCUCUGUCGGAUGUGUGUUUGGUUGAUUGUGUCCAGGUUGAUCAGUGGCGCAGGCGGGGCAAGGUGCCUGUGGCCGUGGAUGCGACGGCCAACCUGCUGUCUGUCAUGCUCAAUGACCCGUGAGAGAACAGACAGCACACAGAUUCAGACAACCGCAUGCACUGCUCUCACACCUGUAUGUGUGUGUGUGUGUGCAUUCAGUGACGUCAAUCCGUUCACUGAGGCGCCUCGUGACGACACAGAGCUGCGCCUCCUCUACGCCAUGACUAUCGUCAGGUGCACCACAGCACACACACUAUAUAAUGGCAUGGUGUGUGUGUCAUGUGUCUGCAGGGUGGUGAAUGGCUUUGUUGACCAGGCACAGGAGAAGCAGUUCGCCCGGUCGGUCGCGCUGCUGGCGAGUCAGCUGGGGCUGCCGCCCUUUCUGGUGGAUCUGCGGCACCAGGCCACGCACGCCGAGCUGCCCAACAGGGCCCAACUGAGGUACACGAAGCAUGCCGAAGAAGGGUCCUGGGUUUGAUAGUGUGCCAAUCGUGUUGUGGGUAUUUGCAGGUUUGCCGUGCAGGAGUUGGAGCAGCUGUUGAGGCAGCGAUUCUGGUGAGCAAGGCGAUCGCCCUCGUGCACCUGCCCACUCGUGUAUCCUCUUUGUCUGUGUGUGCAGGGAUCCACAGAUGGCCCGUCUUGACGCCUUCUUCUCAGUGGGCAACCUGGAAAAGGUCAGCUUACACACACGCACACACCUCUCUCGGGCCAUCGUGCGUCCUCCAUUCUCCAUUUCAGUGUUUUCUGCCCCCUGUGCGUCGCCUCGUCGCGCUCAUUCCAUCUGUGAGCCUGCCGGUGCUUGACCAUGGCAAUGGUGAUGCGAUCGACAUGGAUGCCUUGGCAGCUGAGAUGCCCCCCGAAGACGAUCAGCCACAGGUACGCAAGUGCAAGGCCUUCGGUGCACUAAGGCGGGCACCUGAAGUGUGUGUGUGUGUGUGUGUGUGGUGAUCAGAGGAAGGGCAAGAAGCGGCGUCGGGUCGAUGCGGAGGAGAGGGUGAAGAGGUCACCACAACAAAUCAAAGGCGCCCUCGUGGACAAGGUGCGGGAGACCCACACCCAACUACGUGUCUUCUCAUAUCCUAUCAUAUGCUUCUGCCGGAUGUCUCCAUCAGUCGGUGGCUGCCUUCACGUCGGUGUGGUCCGAGGCCAGAUCAGCCGUGUCCAAUUGCCCUGACGAAGUCCUGCUCCUCUCAAUCGUCACGGAGUGCCUGCAGCAGAUGCAUGACCCGUACCUGCAGCCUCUCUCUCUGAUGGCCCUCCACCUCAUCUGCGGGGCCGCGUCAUGCAACCUCGCUGUCAGGUCAGAACACGUGACAUCAGCGCACACGGACACACCUGCGCCGUCCAUCCCUUCUCUGUCUUGCCUUUCAGGGUCGUGUCGUCCAUCUUCCAUGCCCUCCUCUCCCCCUCUCCCUCCCAACCACCUCGCGAGCAGCUGCAGGGCAGCACUGAGGUGCGGUAUCAGUCCGUCCGGGGCCAGCCAUAUCGUUGGAAGCUGGCGCGGGGCGGCUCUGGUCUGGCUGACCGGCAAGUUGGCGACAGGGGCGAUGAUGUGAGGAAAGGGUGGAUGGCUGCUCUGGGCGUGGCGCAGGAGGGCAUUGAUGGCGACACUGCCGACUCUUCUCCUGAAGGUCACACGGGAGUGAUGAUCCUCUCUCUUUCCCUUCCCACUGGUGGGUGUUCGAUUCCCCUGUGCAGCACCUGAGAGGACCCACCUGCGGUGGCUGAGAGCCGUCCUGAGCCUCCCCCCUUCGCCCACUCAGCCGGCCACACACGCCGCCCCAUCCCCCGCUCUCUCGUCAUUCCAUUCGCUGGCGUUGGCCGCGCCCCUGGCCCAGCUGUCUAACACCGAGGGCGGCAGUGUCUACCAUCGCGGCAUAAGGCGGCUGCACGAGGCGGUCAGGUGUGUCGCGCCACACGCCAUCGGCACGGCCGUGGGGCACAUAGCGCGUCAUGGCGCCAAUGACAGGGCGGCAGCGGGGCUUCUCGGCGCUUUGGGAGAGGCAGGUAUGUGGGCGACAUAAAUGACAAUGAAUGGCUUUCCGCCACUUACACACGAGGGGGUUUGUGGUGUCUUUUAGGCAUCCUGACGAGCACGAUCGCCACGUUGCUGCAGUGGAUGGGUGAGAGGGGCAUCACCGACAUCAUCAGCACACCACCACAAGACACUCGUCAUGCAGCAGAGAAGGGGGCAACAGCUGAUGCACGGCAAAAUGGAGGCGACGACUUGCAGGACUGUGUGGCGGAUGGCCUCGUGCCUCCCUCGGUGUCGGCCAGUGGUGUGGCGUCAGAGGUGCUGCCGCUGACGGUCGAGGGCACAUGGUGGGACCCCCAGACAUGGACCAUACACGACGUGAGCGAGCCUGUCAAACAAGCACUCGUGUGCGGGGGUGUUUGUCACUCUCUCUCUCUCUCUCUGUGUGUGUGUGUGUGAGUGUGCAGAGUCUGCCUGUGGAGGGCUUCUUCCGUCCAGUGUGCCCUGUCGCAUCGACCGCACAGCCAGCGACACCACCCAGAAGAACAGCAGCCCCACGUGCACCACGGCCAAGCGACACGGACGAGGUCUUACCGGUGGACGGUCUCGCUGUCCCGCAGAUGCUCUGCGCGCCUUUUGCGCUUGUGCCGGAAGGGCAAAACGGUGCUGCAGCUGCUGUGAAUGGUGUAGUGAGCGAGGGGCACAGUGAUGGUGUGGAUGGGAGGAGGCUGCAGAUAGACUGGUCGAAAGUCGUGCCUCUCCUGUGAGUGACGGACGAGGAAUAGAUGUGUAUAUGGGGGUCGAUCGAUCGACGAGCGAAACGUCGUCAUUUUAUGAUCACGCACAGCUGGCCAAAACACAUAGGGGAAGGUACACAAACGGCCAUAAGCGAGCCUCCUUAUGGGUCGAAUCGAUGGCACAGAUCAAUCCGUCCCUAUCGAGAA